CUCUAGAAUCCAUUUAAACAGGAACGUAACAUUGGUCUAACCUUGUGCUUUAUUCACGCUACCACACGUUUACAAGGCCAUACUAUAGCUUUGCUCAUGCGUACAUGCUCUUGAAGGGGUCGCGUCAUACGCAUAGAUACCGCCUUUGGUCUACACAUUGCCAUAUAUUUAUUUUAACCAAGUAUCCUUUAAUUGCACGAAGUAUGGAAGAUGAUGCCUGACGGCUUGCUGGUAUCUGAGGAGGAAUGCCUAGCAUCCCUCGUGUUGCGCAUACACGACAACGAUGAGGAGCGGUGCUUUCGCACCUAUGGUUUGAACCCUGAUCCAAAGCCCCUUCGGACAUCCAUUUCAGCCUUAGUGAUGGCCACCAGCCUUAUGGAUUUGUCCCAGGACCCAGUUGUGGCGUCGCGUGCACAAGAACGAGCCGCGGAUGUCCGGACCUGCAGUUCUAAGGCCACCACAGCCGGUCCUCCUUCCUACAAGAGUCUAAGCCCAUCACGCUUCCACAAGUGGAUGACGCUGCCUCCCGGCUUACCUCGUGCGCCACCCUGCUCCGCGCUCAAACCAGCCUUCUCCUGCAUCCCUGCUUUCAGCAGCGGCAGCGACGCCGAUGGCGCGGAACAGGACAGACGGGACGAUAAGUGGGACGCUUGGUCCGACAGAAGGCUGGUGGGUGGCAUCUCUGCGUCGCCAGGAACCCACCUGCUGCUGACGGUCCGCAGCCAGGACAGCAUCCAGCCAACGUCAAUUUCGUCGCCGAUAAACAAGCCGUGUAGCAGUGUACGGCGGGAUCCUUACAUGGAGGUCACCGCUGACGUACCCGGCGAGUCCAACCGAAGCGGCUUUGGCAACGAUGUUGACGACACAGAUGAUUUUGAUGAUAACGAUGACCUGGAGGGAGCGUGGGUUGCUUGGUGCAGUCGUAGCCUUUCUGGCAGGCAGGACGUGUCUUCCCCUUCGGCCUGUCCGGGGUCCGACUACAAAAGGCGCGCAGCAGGGGAAGGUCUGGCCGCCGUGACGCAGCCGCCAAGUCCGGAUGCGGUGCUGCUGGCUGCGAAUGGCUCCCCCAUCGCAACGCCGCUGCCGUCUGUCAGCUCAGCGCUGGUGGUUGAAGGUCCUGCGGAGGGUUUCGAAUACAGCCGCUUUCUGACAUGUAGUGACAUUGAUGAAAUGGGGGAGCCAGCGAUGUUGACGUCAUGCGUGACGUCAUCAAUUUCAUCACCUCUUGGCUCGCCUGCCAGGGGUAAUGGCCUGGCGGUGGCGGCGGCCUGUGGGGCGUUAGGCUCCAUAGAUGGGAAACAGCAUCACCCGGGGUUGCGUUGGGGUGUACAUGUGGCUCCAGCAGUAGAGUCUGUGACCAUGUCGCUGCCGCUGUCGCUGUCUGUUGCUGACCAUGUCGUGUUGUCGUGUCGAAACCCGGUGGAGGAGGAUGAGGAGGGGGAGCCGGUGUGUCCCGCCUGGCUGGUGCCCCAUCUGGAGGCCAUGUUGCAUGAUGUGGUUUCGGAGGCGCUGUGGGGAGAAGAAGAUGCAUGUACAGAGCUAGAGGGUUGGUGAGGGAGCGAGUUUGAUUGUAGGAGGGGAAGUGAAGGGAGCAGGUGAGGAGAAGGUCUUAGUCCCGCAGGCUUUUUGACGGUGGGCAGUUGGACGAGUUGAGUCCACUGCGGUUGCAUGCUGGAAGCGAGCGAAAGCCCUGGAACGCGGGUCUGCGCACUCGAAAUGGAGUUGUCGUCUGGUGUGGUCAUUCAGUUCUCGAUGCAGUGGAAGGUAUAUUAGUUUACAUUUAUUGUCUUCGCCAUUCUUUUGUUUGCGAUGCCUUGUCAGAGGAAAUCCCAGGAAGAGAACGCGGGUCUGAACCCAACCCUUUGCCACAAGGAACAGCGGCGGUAGCGCACGUCACCCGCAAUAUCCCCCGCUGCGUGAUGCGGUGCUCAUGCGCGCACUUUUCCGGAGCUGCAGUGACUUGUUAGAGCACGUAUUUGUUUCCGUUUUCGCAGGGGCAGACUUAGGGGAAGGGGGAUUGUAUGUUGCGCAGUUUGGGACCUUGUGGUGUGGUGUUCGAUCAACUGGUAUCGCUGUGUCGGUGUGUGUACAUGCCUGCGCACCCUCCAAUCCAGGAUGAUUGGAAGGCUGGUUCGGCUUACUGCAGCCCUCGAGUAUGCCGUAACUGCUUUACUGUAGCUGUGAAGGAAACGGAAUGGAUAGGCCUUCGUGCGCAUGGCCUAUUUUGCACCCUGAACGGGCUUCAUCUUAUGCCUGAACCACAGCAAGAUGUUAACACCAGUGUACCGUAUACCGGCGUGCAAGCUCAGCCCCAGCUUUGCACAGCCGUCUUUAGCUAUUCGUGGAGUCAGGAGUGGAG